AUGAUGAAAGCAAGUUUAGAAUGGAUUUUUUUAAUAUUUGCUAUUUUAUUACCGGUUAUUAAUGGGCUAAGCAUAAAAAGUAUUGAUGGUGGUUCAGAUUGUGCUAGUUGCACUAUUAUUGUUGGUCUUGUUGAAAAAUUAUCUAUUGUCUAUAAUGAAAGUAUUCGGUUGAUUUUUUUGGGACCAAUUAUUAUUGAUGGUUUUAUGAAAGAAGAUAGUCCUGAUAUUAUUUGUCACGCAUUAAAAUUUUGUACAGAUGAUCCUGGUCAAGCUAAAUGUCGUCUUUAUCUAUCAAAAUCUCCAAUUUUAUUUACUCAACAUGUUUUAAAUCUUCAUCAACAACAUUCACAACCUUCAUAUGAUUUAUCAACGUCAAAAAUUUUUGAUUUUGAUCAAGAUAGAUUUGGUUCAGAACCAACAUUUCGUGGUAGUUCAUGGCGUAGAAAAGAUUGUAAUGAUUUUUCAUCAGCAAUUCAUCCUGGUGCUCGAAUUGUUCAAGGUGAUGCUAUUAUAGAUCAUAAUUGUAAUGGUAUAUAUGGUAUUAAUUCAGCAACUGGAAGAUCAUGGGAAGAAGAAUUUUGUAAUGAAACACAACGUAUGGGUUCAACACGUUUAUUUGAUCUUGAUCAUUGUAAUCAUCGUGAUUAUCAAAAUAUUGCUGUUACUGGAGCUGAUAGUAAAUCUAUUCUUGAUAUAGCUAAAACAUUAAGACGUAAUCUAAUAAAUGAUGUACCAUUACUUGUAAUCUAUUCAUUAGUUGGUAAUGAUGUUUGUAAUGGUCAUCCAAAUACAUUGGAUGAUAUGGCAACUGUUGAAGAAAUGUAUUCAAAUAUAUUAAAUGGAUUAGCUUAUCUUGAUACAAUAUUACCAAAAGGUAGUCAUGUAUUAACAACUGGUUUAGCUAAUGGUAAUGUUUUAUAUCAAUUAUUAGAUGAUCUUAUUCAUACAUUUGGUCGUAUUGGUAUACAAUUUACAUAUAAAAAAAUUUAUACAUAUUUAUCUUGUUUACAAAUUUCACCAUGUAAUGGUUGGUUAACAUCAAAUGAUACAUUACGUGCAAUAAUGACCAGGGAAAGAUUAAAAUCGAUGCUUUGUGAAAUGAGACUUGAUUACAGAUCGUGGAAGAAUUAUCUUUAG